AUGCGUACUUCUUUCGCCGUCCUGGCCCUCUCGGCUGCCUCUGCUGUCUCUGCUCAGCGCAAGGUCUUCACUGCUGCCGACAUCAACGUCGGUGCUCUCACUGUCAACGAAAAAGCUAACUGGUGUAUCGCCGAGCGCAACACUUGCCAGUCCCUCUGCGAUGCUGCUACCAAGGAAAACAACUGUGACACGACCACCCUCCAGUACUCUUGCCUCUGCUCCUCCAACGGCUCCGCCCCCGGUCUUGAGUACUACGAGCAGACUAUGCCCACCUUCAUCUGCAACCAGGCAUUCGAAGAUUGCAUCACCGCCAACGUUGGCAACAAGAACGGCCAGGACAACUGCACCACGUCCAUCAGGUCUCAGUGUGGCACCAUCAACGCCCAGGCUGACCAAGCAUCUGGUUCCACCACCUCGGCCACGUCUGCGGCCACCCAAGCUCCCAGUGCAACUGGCGCCUCCAAUGCUGGCGCCACCACGGCCCCCAGCACUGCCGUCUCGUCCGCGUGGGCUGCCCCGACUGCCGACCCUGCCCGCUACGGCAACGCUGCUGCCGUUGCUGCCAUUGGUCUCUUCGCCUACAUGCUCUGA